GAUUGGCAACAGUUGUUAGCUCAGGUGCCAAUCUUUAGAAAGAAAAAAAAAAGAAAUGAACCUAUUCAAUAAGUUAAGUUUAUGCAAAACUUCGUAAUUGGUUUGACGUUGAUUUACAUGUAAGUAUUUGCUCACAAUGCAGAGUUUUAUAUAGGAUAUACUCUGAAAUCUUAAUAAGUGGUAAAAAUAAAGACCCUGGAUUUCAGAACCAUAACACUUCAUUUGCACUGAAAGUAUAUUCAAAACUAUUGAUCCUUUGGACAGUAGUAGCUGAUACAUAGUGUGUAUUCUUUAUAUUUGAUACCAAUGUAAGCCCUACAAGGUUGAAAGCAUUCCUAUUCUCAUAAGCAUUUUCUUUUCCUUGCGGCUCAGGGAGGCUCAGUCCUUCUUCAGGGCCAUGCAGCUGGUAAGAGGCUGCAGUCUUUUCUGAGGAACUGAACUUAGACCAUCAGACUGAGAUCACUUUGCUCCAGGACAAGGCAGGGAUGGUGGCCUGGCUUAGCUUGUAGCAUCUCACUAUGGUUACCCUUAUCUCAUGGCCUCCCUCUUCCUACAGGGUCCCAUGGCAGAGGCAGAAAUGCUUUUGGACCCUUCACAGGGCCCUGUGAUCUUUGAGGACGUGGCCAUAUAUUUCUCCCAGGAUGAGUGGGGCCUCCUUGAUGAAGCCCAGAGACUCUUGUACCAUGCUGUGAUGAUGGAGAACUUUGCACUUUUGUCCUCCGUAGGUAGUUGGCAUGGAGCCCAGGAUGAGGAGGCACCUUCAGAGCAAGGUGUUUCCGUGGGAGUGUCACAGGUCAGCACUCCAAAGCCAGGUCCAUCCUUCCAGAAGGCCCGGCCCUGUGAGAUGUGUCGCCCACUCUGGAAAGACAUUUUGCACCUGGCUGAGCACAAUGAAAUGUACCCUGAUCAAGGGCUAUACGUUUGUGGGGCAAAUCUUUACCAGCACCAAAAGGAGCAGUCUGGAGACAAACUUUCCAGAAGGGAUGAGGGGAGGGCUUCAUUUGUGAUGAAGAGCAAUGUUCACAUGACAGAGAGGACCUUGACAUGCAGUGAAGGUGAGAAGAACUUCGAAGCUGACACAGGCUUUCUUCUACACCUGAACCCUCACAGUUGGGGGAAGCCACACAGGGACACUGAGUGCAGGGAGACCUUUGAAAGUGGACAAAAUGAUUAUAAGUGCACUCAAUGUGGGAAAACUUUCAGCCAAAAACAAAUACUUGUUAACCAUGAGAAAAUCCACAUUGGAUUAAGGCCUUAUGAAUGCAACAAAUGUGGGAUGGCCUUCCUUAGAAAGUCCCAUCUUGUUCGACACCAGAAAAUCCACACUGGAGAAAGACCUUUUAAGUGCAGUGAAUGUGGGAAAUUCUUUAGAUACAGCUCCACACUCAUGAGUCACCAGAGAGUUCACACUAGAUUAAGCCCUUACGAGUGCAGCAAAUGUGGAGAAUUCUUUAAGUACAAUGCCAACUUCAUGAAACAUCAGAGAAUUCACAAUGGAGACAGGUCUUAUGAGUGCAGAGAAUGUGGAAAAUUCUUUAGGUACAACUACAGACUGAUAAGACAUGAGAGAGUUCACACUGGAGAAAGGCCUUAUGAGUGCAGAGAAUGUGGGAAAUUUUUUAGGUACAGCUCCACAUUCAUUAGACAUCAGAGAGUUCACACUGGAGAAAGGCCUUAUGAGUGCCAUGAAUGUGGGAAAUUAUUUAGGUACAAUUCCACACUCAUUAAACAUCAGAGAGUUCACACUGGAGAAAGGCCUUAUGAGUGUAGUGAAUGUGGGAAGUUCUUCAGGUACACCUCUACACUCAUUAGACAUCAAAGAGUUCACACUGUAGAAAGGCCUUAUAAGUGCAGCUUAUGCGGGGAAUUCUUUAUAUACAAGUCCAAGCUCAUUAAACAUUGGAGAAAUCACACUGGAGAAAGGUCUUAUGAAUGCAGCGAAUGUGGGAAAGCCUUUAGGUACCACUGCAGACUCAUUAGACAUCAGAGAGUUCACACUGGAGAAAGGCCUUAUGAAUGCAGUGAAUGUGGGAAAUUCUUUCGGUACAACUCCAAUCUCAUUAAACAUUGGAGAAAUCACACUGGAGAGAGGCCUUAUGAGUGCAGCGAAUGUGGGAAAGCCUUUAGCCACAGACAUAUACUUGUUGAGCAUCAGAAAAUCCACACUGGAGAAAGGCCUUAUGAAUGUAGCAAGUGUCAGAAGGCCUUCAUUAGAAAGUCCCACCUUGUUCAUCACCAGAAAAUUCACAAUGAAGACAGGCUCAUGGCAGUGAAUGGGGGGAAUUCUUUAGAUACAACUCCAACUUCGUUACGCAAAGAAUUCACACUGCUAAAGAUCUUAUGAGUGCAGAGAAUAUGGUAAAUCCUUUAGGUACCACUCUAAACUCAUUUCACUGGAGAAGUGCCUUAUGAGUUCAUAUUGGAGUAGGAACUUAGGAGUACAGUGAAUGUGGGAAAUAGUUU